UUGGCAACUUUCAACUGGGCCGUCUGAUACAAACACACUGAAAUAUCUUUAUCGUUAUCGAGUGACAGCUGUCAUCCGCAGCAACAUUCUGUACAUCAUCCGCUUAUUUCCGACCUGGUUCUUGUGCGCGUGUGUGCGUGCGUGCAUGCGUUGGUAACACUGUUUCUGUGUUUCCUGUAAAUGCGUCUGAAGUCCUUCCUGUAAAAGUUUUCACUAAGUUUCAGCGUCUCAUUUACCAGCAGCAUGGAGCCGUGCACAACAAUGUGAGCAGAUCCACCUUAUGUUUGCAUUUCAUGUCGAGAUGGCAGAUGAUUUGAACUCGAGCACAGCCGGGGCACAAGGGACUGUUCGCCCCGCUCAGCCCUGUGCCAGGCAGAAAUAUCGCAGUAAUGCCCAUUCCCAGGGACUUCUGGAUGGCCUCCUCACGCUGCGAGAAGGAGGGAUUCUGUUUGACGUGGUGCUCAUUGUAGAAGAAAGGCCUAUCCAAGCUCACCGUAUCCUUUUGGCAGCCUCAUGUGACUAUUUCAGGGGUAUGUUUGCUGGAGGUUUGAAGGAGAUGCAGGAAACGGAGAUCCCUGUUCAUGGAGUCACAUACACAGCAAUGACUAAACUGCUGGACUUUAUUUACACCUCUGAGCUGGAGCUGGAUCUUGAUACAGUGCAGGAGGUGCUGUGUGCGGCCACUUUACUGCAAGUUCGAGAUGUGAUUGGCUUCUGCUGCGACUUCCUGUUCUGCUGGUUGGAUGACGACAACAUCCUGGAGGUGGAAAAACUAGCAGACAUCUAUGGACUGGAUCAGCUCGGCGGGAAAAUCCGCUCGUAUCUGCUCAAGAACCUCCAGACCUUCUCGCGUACACCUGUGUAUCGAAAGCUUCCCGCAGAGAAAGUGCUGAGCAUUCUGUCCAGCAAUGAGCUGGAGGUGAACUCAGAAAACGAGGUGUUUGAAGCGGCUCUACACUACCACUACACCCCUGAAGAGGUGGAGAAAGAUCAGGUGGUCCUGCAGGAUCCAUUACAGAUGUUGGAAGCAGUGCGUUUCUGUCUGAUGGAGAAGCACGUGCUGCAGCGUCUGCACAGUCGGUUAAAGCAGUGCCCGCUGCGGGACUCUGUGGCCGCCGCUCUGAGUUACCACAGUCAGGAGCUAUGGCAGCCGGUAAUGCAAACCCCACUGACUCAGCCACGCUGCAGCUCCCAGUGCAUUCUGGGAUUCGGUGGCAUGUAUUCAUCUAGCGCGCUUGCAGACAAUGAAGAGCACUUCCAGGUGUUCCAACCCUCCUGGGGCGAGUGGCAUAGUCUAGCUGCAGACCGAGCUCCUCGCAUGUCUAACAUGGGCAUUGCGGUUCUUCAUAACUUUGUCUACUUGAUCGGGGGGGACAAGAACACCAACAGCUUUCGUGCUGAAGCUCGAUGUUGGCGGUACGAUCCUCGGCACAACACCUGGUGCUCUAUCGAAUCUUUACAGCAGCAGCACGCGGAUCACUGCAUCUGUGUGGUGGAUAAAUAUAUCUACGCCAUUGGAGGACGUGACUACACCAACGAAUUAGAGUGUGUGGAGCGCUACAACCCACAAAUCAACACCUGGGAACAUGUGGCACCGCUGAAACGAGAGGUGUACGCCCAUGCGGCAGCAGUGCUUGAUGGGAAGAUCUACAUCGCCUGUGGUCGCCGGGGUAUGGCUUAUCUGAAGGAGACCUACUGUUACGAUCCCAUUGGGAAUCACUGGAGCAUGUGUGCCGACGGCCCGGUGGAGCGCGCCUGGCACGGUAUGGCAGCACUGAACGGCCGUGCUUAUGUCAUCGGAGGAAGCAACGACGGUUGUGGUUACCGACGAGACGUCCUCAAGGUGGCUUGUUAUAAUCCAAUAGCAGAUGUCUGGUCUGUGGUGAGCCCUUUGCCCGCUGGGCACGGAGAGCCUGGCGUGGCUGUUCUCAACGGAUGCAUCUAUAUCCUGGGUGGAAGGUCGCACGAUAAGGGCAGUCGCAUGAAGUACGUUCACAUUUAUCACGCAGAGGAAGACCGAUGGGAGAGCGGAACAGCCUUGGAGGACCGCGUAUCUGGCCUUUCAGCAUGUGUUGUACUUUUGUCACGGGCAACCAUGGCUCAGGCGCAUAGCUGGGAGCAAAGACCCAAAGCAUCAUGGGAAGAGGUAGAUUGGGAUGACUCUGACAAUUCCAGCGAAGACUAAAGAGUGUGUAAGUGUUUAAUAUGAGAGGAUUAUAUGCUUGUUACUAACAUCAUUUUUAAAGUUGAGUUUAUGUGGACGCUUUAGUCAGAUUUUCAAAGAAAUCAUUGUUGUGCUUGUCUGUACAUAAGGUAAGUUUGAGGUUGCAGGAUUAUUUACAUUACAUUACAUAACAUGUAUGCAUUUAGCAGACGCUUUUAUGCAGAGACUUCAGUCUUUACACGUGUUGAUGUGUGAUCCCUGGGAUCGAACCCAUGACUUUUGCGUUGAGAUAUCAGUUAGGCUACAUGAAUACUUGUUUGUUGUAUCUUCAAAACAGGGUGUACAUUGCAAAGAUAUAUCGCUCCAAAAUCAAAAGAAACAACAGCUAAUUGUGUUUUGCAUCAAUGUAUUGUUUUUGUAUUAUGUCGCUUUCUUUUUGCAAAAUAUAAUUGCUUUUUUCCUAUCGACUUUGUGCUGAAAUAUGACAUUAUUUGACAUUUUCAUCGAAUUUUUGCUCAUACUCGUGUUCUUCAUCCAAAAACACACUGACAAUGACCACGCUACUAUGAGACAUUGAUGGUAACACUGUACAUGCACUUUAAGAUAAGAGGGGAUUGGUUUUUAUUUAGAAUGACCGUGCCUUUAUUUUACUGUUUGUCCAAUGCCUUAUUAUUAAGACAUUUACAGUAUGUGUGCAAUAACAUGAUUUUAAAAUAAUAAUUAAAUAAACAAACUCACCCAGAUUCUCGCAAAUGGCAGUUAAAAUUAAAGUGAAUUGUUAAUAAAAGGCCCUCUGACGUUGUUUUUUAAUAUUUUUAAAAACAACCCUGCAAAAUUGUAUGCACUGAAAUGGGCUUAAAGCACUGCUUUGCUUUUUGUUGAAAAGAUCAGAAUUAUUUGACUCUGAAUGUCCUAAUAAAGAUAAUCAUCCUAAUAAAUCUGUUAUUAUUUGUCUGGCAUAUUUUUAUUUAACAAUUUACAGAAUAUUUGCUUAUAGACGGUUUCAGCAGCAACAACAUAAACAAACCUUAUGUGGCCCAAACAUAACUUCAGGUAGACCUCCGCAAAUAUUUCAAUUGAAUUUAUUAGGCUACAAUUAACAUACAAUAAAAUAUUUACAUAAAUUUAUAUGAAAAUAAAUUAAAUUGUUAUAUCAUUAGCCGCUCGCCAGAUUGAUAACCAAUAAACACAGACUGGAAGUUAACUUCGGUCCAGGCGCGUGUGUCUGAUGAAACCGUCUACAAUGAUAAAUUAAUUCAUUUGAGAUGACAAUAGCCAUUGACUGGACUUUAAUGCCACAAAUUUUUAUUUUGAAGAUAUUCUGCAUUUUUUUAAAAUAUGAUUGCUAAAACUACUUGUAUAGUAUUCUGGAAUACAUUUGUUUCAACUGCAUUGUUACGUGUUUUCAAUGUAAAAGUUGAUUAAUGUUCAUAUUAAUAAUGAGAAUAAAGAAAAAUCUUC